AUGAAUGAAAAUAAUAUAUCAGAAAAAAAUGAUAACGACUUUUUAAGUGGAAUAGAUAAAUUGCAUUCGAUAGUAACUGGAAAUGAUAACAAUAAUAAUAAUGCCGAAAUAAAUAAUGUUGACAAACCCGAUUUAAAAUUUGCUAACCAUAGAACAGAAACAGAUACACCAAACAAAUUACAAGCCUCUUAUAAUUUAGCCCCAACAAAUAAUGCUAACCAAACAAAUAAUGAUAACCAAAGAAGUAAUGAUAACCAAAGAAGCAAUGAUAACAAAUCAAAAGACAAACUUCAAAAAGAGUCAUCUCCAUUUGAAAGCAAUCUUAAUAAAGAAAGUUUUAUAAAUAACAAUGAUACAUCUUCCGAUGUUCGUAAUAUAAAAAAAUCUGGAAAACAGUAUAAUAAAAAAAAUAAUAACGAUUCCAAGAGUAAAGCCUUUAUAACUAAAGAAAAUGGGGAAAAAAAAAAUUAUAAAAAAAAUUAUAUUAACUACAUCAAAUUAAAUAAUGCAAAAUUAGAAGAUAUGGAUUAUACAAGUCAUCUUGAAUUUAUUAAUCAAAAUUAUUAUUUUAAAGAAUUAAAUAAUAUACCAAAUAAAAAAACAGAUCAUAUUGAUAUUAAUAUUUGUUAUUCUAGUAAAAGUGAAAAAUCUUUAGAUGAAAGUGAUGAUGAUAGUUCUACUGAUUCUGUCGAAAAUUUUUAUGAAAAUAUUUAUCAAGAAAACCCUUCACUAAAUUUUUAUAAAAAUUCAUUAUGUACAAAAAAUACAAAAAAUCAAUUAAAUUUUGAAAAUUAUUUUAACUCAAAAAAUAAUGCUGCUGACGAAAUAAAUGUUUUAAAUAAUUAUAUUAAAACAUUAACAGAACAAUCACAAAAAUCAUCAUCUCAUAUAGAUAUUGAUAAUAAAUUAAUUAAUAUCUUAUCUUUGUCAUUUUUAACAUUUAUUGAUCAUGUAAUUUAUGAUUCUCAUAUAUAUGCAUUAAAAAACCAAAUCCCUUCAAAUAUGCAAAAUGAAAAAAAUGACGAAACAAAAGAGAACCAAAACGCUACUAGUAAUAACAUGGAAAGUAACAUGGAAAAUAUCAUAAAAAAUAACAUGGAAAAUAUCAUAAAAAAUAAUACUACCAUUAAAAAUAUAGAAAUAUCUAAGGAUACCAAUGAAUUAAUAAAUAACUCUAAAGAAACAAAUAAACAAAAAAAAACACAAAUUAUUUAUAAUCCCGAUGUAAUCAAUUUAUGUCUAAAUAAUUUAUACAACCAAAAAUUAGUAAAUGAUAUUAUAAAUGAAAAUAAAGACCAAAUAAAAACUGGCCAUCCUAACAAAACUAAUAAAAAUAUUCAAAAUGAUGGCAAACAUAUCCAAAAUGAUGGCAAACAUAUCCAAAAUGGUAGCAAACAUAUCCAAAAUGAUGGCAAACAUAUCCAAAAUGAUGCAAACAUUUUGAGCAACAAUGCACGAAUAUAUAAUUCUCCUCAUCAUGAUACUGAUAUAAUUGACAUCCAACACACUACAAAUCUCAAUAAUAGUCAAGACUCAUUAAAAAUGAAACUAGCCAAUAAGUUACAACAAAGAAAACUUAUUAUUAACAAAAUAAAUGAAAAAAUUAAACAAAAUUCUGAAAACAUAUCAAAUUUUGUAAAUUCGAAUAACUAUUCUCUUGAAGACAUUUUUGAGCUUUAA